AUGGUUGUGAAAAUGACAGCAAGCACGGCGCCUCUUCCAGAAUAUUAUGUCAAUAGUUUUCCUGCUCCUGGGCUGCGCCAGAUAGUUCGACACAUCACUAGCAACACCGCCGAUGGCCAAUCCCGAUUCCUAAGUUCAGACCAUGGAGAACAUUACCGUUUCAUGGUUGAGAACCAAGCGGUGGCCAACAUCAUCUAUUCUACUAGAGAGACUCCUGUGGAUCUCAAUGGGAAUGUGGACGUGGCCAAGGCUCACGAACAAGAGCCCCCAUUCCACUACCCAAAUGGAUCAAUAGUCCGUAUGAUCGACUUCGGUCCAGGGGUUGAAUCUCCCUUUCACCGAGCGUUGACUAUUGAUUACGGCAUCGUCAUUGAAGGAGUCUUCGAACUUACCCUUGAUUCGGGUGAGAAGCGCAUCUUACGCCAGGGUGACGUGUGUGUCCAGAGGGCCACUGCCCAUAAGUGGAAGAAUAUCAACGGUAAUGGCACACUACCGGGUCGCAUGCUAUGGGUUCUACUUGAUACCAAGGAGCUUGUUGUAGAUGGCAAUAAGGUGGAUGGGGAUCUAGGAGAUCUACACAAGGAAUAUGCAGGACGCGGUCAUUACUAG